AUGGGCUCUCUCGACGUCGACGCCAAACUCCCCUGGAUCAAGACACCAUGCAUCCCAAGUCCCCAACUAUCAAAAGUAGCAGGCUGCAACGUCUACCUCAAACUUGAAAACCUGCAGCCGUCAGGCUCCUUCAAGUCCCGCGGUAUCGGCAACCUCAUGACCCGGGCCGCCGCCUCGGCUCCGGGCCCGGUGCACUUUUACUGCUCGUCGGGCGGCAACGCCGGCCUCGCGUGCGCCACAUCGGCCCUCUCGCUCGGCCAGCCUGCCACCAUUGUCAUCCCCCACAUCACCUCUCAGCUCAUGAAGGACAAGUUGCUGGAGCUCGGCGUCGAGGUCAAGCAGGUCGGCAAGAACUGGGCUGCUGCUGACAAGUAUCUCCGCGAGGAGCUGCUGGCCAAUGAUCCCUCGGGCGUUUAUGUGCCCCCGUUUGAUCAUCCCUAUGUAUGGGAUGGAGCUUCAACCAUUGUCGAUGAACUACGGGAGCAGCUCGACGUGCCCAUCGACGGCAUCGUGUGCAGUGUUGGAGGCGGAGGUCUAGUCAACGGCCUCAUGCAGGGUGUCGAGGGUCAUCAAUGGUCAACCACAAAGCCAACCGUGCUCGCAGUCGAGACGGUGGGCGCGGACAGCCUCAACGCCAGCGUCAAGGCAGGCGAGCACGUAACGUUGCCCGAGAUGGCCUCGAUAGCAACAUCCCUGGGCGCCACGCGCGUGUCGGAGCAGACAUGGAAGUGGAGCCAGCAUCCGAGCGGUACGAUGAAGAGCCUGGUCGUUUCCGAUGCUGAUGCCGCUAUCAGCUGUGUGCGGUUUGCAGAUGAUGGAAGACAUCUCGUCGAGGUGGCAUGCGGAGCGACUCUGGCGAUUGCUUACCGUGGGGACCUGCGGACAUUCCUUGGCAAGGGCUUGUCUGACGAGGAAUGGAGCAGAAAGAAUGUCGUCCUCGUGGUCUGCGGCGGCUCGAAUGUCACUCUAGGCAUGCUGCAGACAUACAAGGAGAAGUACCAAGCAGAGUCCUGCAUCAAGGUGUAA